AUGGAUGCCCACAUGCAAUCCAUCACCACGCCUCACAUGGCCCAUGCAAUGACCCCAGGCGCCUCCAUGGCGUCCACCAUGCCCAACGCACACUGGGCCAUGGUCGAUCCGAGCUUCAACGUCUCCUCCAACCCGUUCAUGGCUCCCAAUUCCAGCUACGUCAAGCGCGAGGGAGAACUUGAUUACGACAGCCAGAGUGAAAGCGAGGCACAGUCAUGGCACGAUCCAGCUUCCUCCGCAGCUGGUUCUGCCUUUGGCUCUCCUCGAUCGCAGCACAGCGUGGCAGAACAUCCCGAGUCUGCGCCUCCGAAUCUCGCAAACUUUACCAUCUCCGGCCAGCCUUCGUACGCUUCCAUGGCUCCGCCUGUUCGAACUGAAUCGCCACAUUCGUUCCACGACCUCAAUCUCGAGUCGGACGCUGCUCCAGGUCCACAGAGGAUAACAGCUCGCAAGUCGAGUGGAUUCUCUCGUACCAACACGGGUCCUAUCGUAACCAACAUGAACCGCUCCGGACUCGCUUUCGCCAACGAGGAGGGAGAGGAAACGCCUGUCGUGCGACUCAACCAGAACCUAGGCCAUGCCGACUCGGAUCCAUCUAGAAUGCAAGGCAUGGUCAACGACAGCUUCCUUGCGCCACCGCAUAGCCGUCACAGGACCGCCAGUCUUCCCGAAGCACUCGAUGAGACGCUUGCUCAAGAUCCAACCAUGCAAACCUCGUGGACCGCACGCUCUUCCAUGGGUGCCCCAUCUUCACGCCAGCUUCCGCAUUCCUCGAUGGCAGCAGCCAACGCCAUGAUGCCUCCGCCGCGACCUCCUACCCUCAUCACUUCGAACCUCAACAACCGCAAUCACUGGCCCAACCCUUCGCCCAUCCGAUCUGGCGUCUUUCAGCAUGGUAUCGAUCUUUCAGGGUGGCUCGCUGAACCUGUCGUGCCAUCGCCAUUGUAUCGUAUGGGACCUAGCUUGCACUCGGCCAUCAGUGGAAACUUUUCAGCUAUCUUGCAUUCGCCCGUUGUCGAUACACCCAUCUCGGCCAAAUUUGCAGCCUCGCUUGCACAGACCAUGGGUCUCUCCAUCAACCCAGGCUUCCUUCCGGCCUUCCAAGAGCUUCACCCACCUGCAAGUGGCGCACACGCGACAAGUCACCCACUAAGGCGCUCCUUGUCCGACGCCUCCACGCCACCCCAGUCGCGAUACGACUGCAAUGGACAGCUCGUCUUGCCUGCACCUCAGUUGCCAAGCGCAAAGCAAUGGUGGGUCCAGCCGGAUCAGAAUGGCGAAGUCGCGGCCUCGAUCGCGCAGGCCAGUGCUGCUCACUUUGUCUCGUACCCAGCUCUAAUGGUACUCACGGAUCCGACGGCACCCAUUCCUCCCUUUAUACACCGCAAGUGGCUCCAGGAGAACCGUGCUCGGGUGCCAGAAUCUCUGGCCAAUGCUCGUUCUCUCCUUGCCGGAUACUACGUCCGUUUGCCCGCCAGUCAAAGCUUGAUAUGGAAGCUCAUCUCGGAGCAGAUCACGUCCAUCUUGUCCUCGGAAGCAGAGCUCAAGAAAACCGACGCGGAUCCUGUGACGGUGUUCGGCGCCGUAGCGUCGUUGUGGAUGUAUCUCGUUCUGAUCGUUUUCACCGACGAGCCUGCGAUCACGGAUCAUGUCGACGCUGCUCUCCUCAACCAGACGCUCUUGGUGCUUUCAGAGUUGUCCCAGUCGCUACUCGCUCACACUGUCGAAGCGUGCAGGGCGGCUUCGGACACAGCGACUCCGAGCCUUGCCACGUUUGGAUGGAUCGAGACCAUGGUCCGUACUCUGUUCGCGUCUUACUCGCUUCUUGUUCUGCAGCGAUUCCGAGAAAACGGCGGCGAUGCACGCGAGCGUCUGGCAGGGUGUUCGCUCAUUCUUGACAUCCCUCUGCCUGCUGGUGCAGGCGAAUUUGAAGCCGACAACGAAGCCGACUGGCUCCAAGCUCACCACGCUAAUCAGAAUGUCCUCAACGAGGCGGGUGCACCUUUUGUCCGUCCCACUCUCCGCCAACUCGUGCAGUUCCGCAAGGACACGUUUGCUGCCGACACAAACAAGGAACAGUCCGAGGCCAAACUGCGCGACCUGCCCUGGGCAGCCACGUUGUUCGACAACCAGGACGAGUUCACCAAUGUUGUCCUUUCCGUUGCCUUUGCUCUUGAUGAUACCCGUAUUUGA